AUGAUGAUUAUCGUGUUAAUUCUGGCACUGUUUGUGUCAAGAAUUGAAGCAUCAACACAAGAGAUUUCGUCUCAUUUUUCGUUUGGAUCUCGAUCCAUUCUGCGAUCAGUUAACGAUGCUAACAAAAAUGGAGCUGAAAAGCCUGACUAUGCUGUGGAUUUAAACGCCACGAAUUUCGAUUCUGUGCUUAAGGAGACCCCCACCACUUAUGCUAUUGUUGAAUUUUUUGCCCACUGGUGCCCGGCUUGCAGAAACUACAAGCCACAUUAUGAGAAGGUUGCAAGGCUUUUUAAUGGAGCUGAUGCUGUCUAUCCAGGAAUCAUAUUGAUGGCCAGAGUAGAUUGUGCCUCAAAGAUAAAUACCAAUCUUUGUGAUAAGUUCUCUGUUGGACACUAUCCUAUGCUUCUUUGGGGCCCACCUUCUAAGUUUGUAUCUGGGAGUUGGGAUCCAAAGCAAGAAAAUAGAGAAAUACAUUCUAUUGAUGAUGGACGGACUGCUGAUCGCUUGCUAAACUGGAUAAAUAAGCAAAUGGGCAGCUCAUAUGGCUUGGAUGACGAGAAAUAUGAGAAUGAGUAUUUUCACACAAAUAUGUCUGACCCUGGACAGAUUGCGCGUGCUGUAUAUGAUGUUGAGGAAGCUACAUCCGCUUCCUUUGAUAUCAUUUUAGGGCACAAGAUGAUUAAAUCAGAGACCCGUGCACCACUUAUUAAAUUUCUUCAGCUUUUGGUGGUCCAUCACCCAUCAAAAAGGUGCCGGAAGGGAACUGCAGAAAUACUUGUAGAUUUUGAUGAUUUGUCGACCAACAAGAUGGAAGUUGCCAAUCUUAGCCAAAAAGGUGUACUUGGGAAUUAUCAGAUUUGUGGAAAAGAAAUUCCUCGUGGAUAUUGGAUGUUUUGUCGUGGCAGCAAGACGGAGACUAGAGGUUUUAGUUGUGGAUUGUGGGUUUUAUUGCACUCACUUUCUGUGAGAGUUGAUGAUGGAGAAAGUCACAUGGCAUUCACCGCUGUAUGUGAUUUUAUUCACAGUUUCUUUAUCUGUGAAGAAUGCCGGCAGCACUUCUAUGACAUGUGCUCAAGUGUUUCUACCCCUUUCAAGAAAUCUCGCGAAUUUGUCAUCUGGUUAUGGAAUGCACACAACAAAGUUAAUCAGAGAUUAAUGAAGGAAGAGGCAUCCCUCGGAACCGGUGAUCAUAAAUUUCCAAAAGUUAUCUGGCCUCCUAAACAGCUUUGUCCUUCUUGCUAUCGUAGUCAAAUCUCGAAAGAUAAUCAUAUCGAUUGGGAUCAUGAUGAGGUUUUUAAGUUCUUGAGCAACUAUUACGGGAAGACGUUGAUCUCUCUGUACAAGGACAAGGAACGUCUUGGGGAUGCACAGACGGGUGGAGUUGUAGAAGAUUUAUUAGCAAAUUCAACAAACGCUGUUGUGGUGCCUGUCGGAGCAGCAUUGGCAAUUGCUGUUUCAAGCUGUGCAUUCGGAGCGCUGGCCUGCUACUGGAGGCAACAGCAGAAGAGUCGGAAGCCAAGAAGAAGCUGGAACUGA